AUGGAGGUCGAGCCCGGAGUGAUUUGGAACGCACAGCUAGCGUUUUCAAACCUACUGAGCGGUCGGAGUGCGUCGGUGGUAGUCCACAUGACAUUACCACACGCUGUGCCGAAUGAUGGGGUUAUUGCUGUGUAUUUUCCAUAUAUGUAUGGCUCGUUAUCGGGUGUGAUCUUGUCAAGUGUUGCUGGAUUAAGCGGAGAUUUUACACUUUCGACGACGAAUAAUGUGUUUCGGAUUAAGCGUGCAGUUGGUUCGGGAACAGAAAGUGCAGAGAUGCAAGACGUGGUCAUAGAGCUCGAAGGGAUCACGCACCCGUUGCUGGAGGGUCCCAUGGGUCCUUCGGUUAUGUUGCAGACACUGGAUGCAGCUAGUCGCAUCAUCGAUCGGACAUAUGUGGACACGUCCGACAAUGUCCUUGCGACAGCACGUGUGGUGCUCAGUAGUUUGAGUCUUCGAGUGACUGAAGGUGACGCUACUGGAGCGCAAUACACGGUCUCAUUGAGUGCGCCACCGUAUGGAAACACUGCCUUGACACUCUCGAUCGGAGAUCCAGCUAUCAAAGCGAAACUGGUGCUUGAUCCGGAAUAUUUAGUGUUUUCCGCGUCGAAUUGGUCUACUCCUGCGAAAGUCACUGUGACUGCGACAAAUGAUAACGUUGUGAGCGGAACUUUCACUCAGGAGAAUAUAGUGAGGAUCGGACACACGAUUAUCAGCGGUGACAGCAGCAACACCUUUGCAGCGGUCAACGACGUGAGCGUUCACAUUAGCGAGAACGACUUUCCCGCUGUUCAUCUCUCGGACCGCUUUCUCGCGGUUGUGGAGGGACUUCGCAACGACAGCUACAUAAUCUCCCUAUUGUCCCAACCAAGUAGCGACGUCGUUGUUCACAUGACACCCCGGGACUCGUUUAUCGAGACUGUUCCGGAUCAAGUGGUGUUUACAGCCAGUACGUGGAACACGCCGAAGGCGGUUAACGUGGUGGCGUCAGUGGCAGCAUCCACUGUAUCAACAAGUACACGUAGUGCUAUUUUUCACCAGCUUUCUUCGACUGAUGCAAACUACAACGGCAAGAUCGAUCUAGUUUUCCCGCAAAACGAAGUUCUGGUGUACUACGAGCCGCUCGAGAUGAAAUCUUGCGUGGAACCUUGUCGCGCAGGAUGGUUUCCACUCGUUAACGUUACAACAGGAGACUCACAAUGUGUUGGCUGUCCACUUGGAUAUUUCUGUGCGGGAUCCUGCGUGGCACCAGUGGCGUGCCCCAUCGGAACGUCGUCUAACGUGGAAUUUGCGUAUGAUGUUAGUGUUUGUCAGACUUGCUCGACAGGUAUGUAUGCACACGCUGAAGGAAUGUCGACAUGUCUAGUGUGUCCGGCGGGUGCAUCUUGCAGUGAUUCCAAAGCAAGUCCGCAUCCUUGUCCUACUGGUACCUAUUCAGGUGCUAGCGAGACUCAGUGUCACGAAUGUCCAGCAGGGAGCUUCAACGAUAAGACGUUCCAGUCAACCUGUUCCCAAUGUCCAGAGGGUUAUUACUGCCCCAAAGGCGCGAUCAAUGCUAUUUCGUGCGCACAAGGCACUUACUCCGUGAACUCAGGAGCUACACCCUGCGAAAAGUGUCCUGCUGGAUACGCGUGUUCUGAUCCGACCGUCGAACCAGUUCCAUGUUCGAGCGGCUCGUAUUCUGUCGUAGACAGCUUGACCUGUACGACAUCUGUGUGGUGCGGGAUACUAUAG